ACUAAAGAAAACAAUAAAUAUUUUGAGCGCGAUAACCACGUCUUGUUUACUUGUAAAUGUUUCACGUUUUUCACCUUUGAAUCGUUGUGAAAUGGAAGAAUCAAACUCGCCAGUACUAUCUUGUAAAAAGUUUGGGAAAAAGACUCACGUCUUACCCGAGUCGCCCAUUCUCUCGUGCGGUAGGAAGAGAAAAAAGCCACUGCCCGAUGACAGCCCAGUAUUUUUACGAACUACACGAACGAUUCAAAGCUGUAACGAAUCUCCCGUUAUCGACAGUUUCUCUAGCCCACCACCAAUUCCCAAAUUGAAGCCCAAAUCAUUAUUCCCUGAAGUCGAUGAUGCACCACCCUCAGUAGAGUCUCAGCUUUCGCAGGCAUCUUCCAGCAAAUGCAAUGAUCACAUCAUAGACGAGGAGGACAGCAGUUCGACAGGUUCUGAGGAUGAUCUCAUCGUCCAUGAAAGGACAAUGUCAGAUUCAGAAGAUAGACUGGAUGUGACGAUUCCUGAUAAUGCACGAUCUCAAAACUCCAUUAGCAUCAGUCAAACUUUAUCAUACUACUCUGGAAUAUCCACACCGGAGAAGAAAGUUGUCAAGGCCAAGCCUGUUGCAACAGGGUCAGCCAGAAAGAAGAAACAAUUCAUACCGAACGGACUGGCGAAGCAGCUGAGUAAACUACUAGUACGCCAAGAGUCGGACUAUCAUUUGUGGAAAUUCCAACAGAAAUUGGGCAGCUCGAAAAUUGAUGCCGAUCCUGCCACCACGACCAAAAUGCUUCGGUUGAGGAUCGAGAGCCUUUCCCCUGGAAACAUGCACAGUUUGGCUCAUUGCCGCAACCUUGCAGCAUCAGCGACGACGUCGAGAGGUGAAGGAAGUUUAUCCAACAGGGUCAGUCUGGUGUUCACCCCGGAGCGAUGGGAGAGAUUCAGUAGUGUCCGAUCUGGUGACAUUGUGUCCAUCUACGAACCUUGGCAGAGCAUGAAGCUGGUGGGAGGAGUGACCCUGCUAUUGGAUUUCAACCUGCUCCUGCUGAGCCAGAAGAAGAAGGAGGAGGAGGUAUCCAAAUUAAGCAACAGCAGCGACUCUGAUGGUCUCCUGCGACUCGGUGCGACUAACGACAGCAGCCGGACGGUGGAGGACUUGACGGACGCUGAUGGACGUGCUUGUUCUUCUGCAAGUGCUGAUAGUAUCGCCGUUGCUGAAAAUAGACGCCCUUCGACGGUGACCGUUCUGCAAACAUGGACCUGUCCAUGCCAAGGUGGAUGAACUCGGGAGAUUGGCGUGAACGGGCGAGAGAGAGAGAGAGAGAGACGGGACACAAGACGCGGGCAACUUUCGGGACCGGUUUCCGUUCCCACAUGUUUAUACACACACACAACUGGCGAUGGUUGACGAUGGCUCUGAAUAAUAAUGCGCAACACUUAAGGGUCUCUUUCUUUCUUUUCUAUAAAUAGAGCUGGAAAUAUAUAAAAUAAAGGAACUUUUUUUUCAGCAGCAGCAGCAGAUUGGAUAAGAGCCGGGAGUCCAUUGGCGACUUUUUUGGGAGGGGGGGAUACGUGACGUGAUAUGGUGCGGGAGAGUCGUCGACAUUUCGGGACACGAUGAUCAAUCAAUUGUCGUCUUGGGGACGACUCUCUAUCGACUUUGACGAGUUCAUGGCAAUUUAGCGCGAGCGGGAGGAUAUUCAUUUAUACAUAAUAAAAAUCACGAUCAGCAGUUUACGUGGGAAACGGGAAAAAAAGAAAAAUAAGAAUAUAAAGGAGAUUUGUUUUUGUGAGCUGCUGCUGACCGGUCGGCCUUGUUGUUAGGGGGGUACACCUUGGUACGAGGUUCUAGCGCCCCUCGGGGAACAUGUUGUUGUUUUUCUUUCCUACCUGUACACUGCUUUAUUGCCUUUCGACUUUGUAUAUAAUAAUGCCAGUGUGUUUCGUUCGCCUUUUUCUUUCUCUCUUCACUGUUCUUUGAUGCCAUUGUGUGUCUAUAAUCUCUUUCCCCCUUCCCCCUCUCCUUUUGGGUUGUCAACUAUCGCGGCCGUGAGGAACUGGAAAGCGCACGUGGCUCCUUUGGCAUGGUGGUGGAGCAGCAGCUGAUAACAAUUUUUCAAACAAAAAAACCCCUCCUUCCUUCUUCGCCAUAACCCGAUUUCCUAUUCCACUCACGAACGAAAAAUAAUCUCCCACCCCGCCGAGCUCUCUCUCCCGGAAUUGAUUUCCAACAGGUGGCGUUACGAGUCCGUUUAAUCUUUUUUUUUUCUUUUUGAAAUAAAUAAAAUUUCCGAGUUUCUCCUUCACUAAAACAACAACAACAACAACAACACAUUUAUUUUUUAAAAAAUUCACGAACGAACGAACGACGUCAAACGUCCACAAUAACCCGAUCCCGAUAGUUGUUGUUGUUGUUGUUGUUGUCGUUCCAGUUUGAUGAAAUGUAACACGCAGACUAUAUAAAAGACUCGACGUCAUUUUGAGCCUAAGAAGUUCCGAUCCCGUUAUGUUUUUUUCGUUCGUUCGUUAUUAUAUGCUGGGCAGCAGCAGAGACCCUCUCUCUCUCCUUUUGAUGGAAAAGGUCAGAUAAGGGAAAUGUCGUCGUUGGGUAUUUUUCUGUCUCUCUUGUGUGUGUACAAUGACGCAGUUUUCUUUUUUUCUUUGAUACAUAACAAGACGGCCAUUAAUUCCAUUUUAAUUGGAAAUCUUUGGCAGACCAGAAGAAAGGGGCCAGCACUCACGAUGAGAAUUAAUUCAACUUUCCGAUCUUAAUAAGAUGUGUGACUUAUCCAGGAAAACAAAAAACCAAAAGAAAAAUUGAAGAAAAAGUGUCC